UUAGCAGGUUUACUGAAACUACAGAUACUAAAAGCUUUAGGGGUUUUAAAACCAGCUUCAGAUCCACUUGCCUUUGACAACAUGCCCUAAUGGAUCACUUUACACCCUCAAUGAGAGUGACUGAUAACUGAUAACAGCCAUUUCUACAAUAAUUUCUUAGAGCCACUAGUUAAUGUUUGCCCUGUGUGCACAAUAUUUACCCAAGGAGUGGUUUAGGGGCAGGAAACAUUCCUUCACACGACUUCAGGCUCAUUUCAAAAGGCCUGAGAAACAUGUCGUCGAAUGAAGGGGCAGGAUCCCGUCCAUGUUGUGAAAAUCUAUCUGGUGCAAAGUGGACAUGUGGUUUUGUACAUGCAUACAUCACAACAUCAAGGGUGCAGUGAGUGGUGAGUGACACAGCAGCGUUAUUUCUUUGCAACAAUAGGUGGCAGCAAUAACCUGCUGAGUUUUCUGCAAGGCAACGAUGACAGUUGAAAUUUCAACAUACUGCGUGUGUGUGUUUGUGUGUGUGUGUGUGCCGUGGCCUCAGGGAGCACUGAGUGUCUGGAGGCAGACUGAGUCAAGACAGCCCAGAAGAUGAGCACCGAGCCUUUAACUCGCUCUGAGGUGUUUGGGCAGCUCAGGAGGGAGCUCUAUGGAGACCAAACAUCCAGCCACUCUGACACGCAUGUUUUCAUCAUACUUGGAGCCUCUGGAGAUCUUGCAAAAAAGAAGAUCUACCCCACAUUGUGGUGGUUAUUUAGAGAUGGCCUGCUCCCAGAGGAGACCUACUUUGUGGGAUUUGCCCGCUCUAAGCUCACCGUAGAGGACAUCAAGACAGCAUGUCUGCCUCAUAUGAAGGUCACCGACCAGGAGGGUGAGUGUCUCUCAGCCUUCUUCAGCAGAAACUCCUACCUGAGUGGCAGAUAUGACGAGGGCAGCUCCUUCGCCCAGCUCAAUGCCCAUCUGGCGUCCCUGCCUGGCGGCGCUGAUGCCAACCGACUCUUCUACUUGGCGCUGCCGCCCAGCGUCUACCACCAUGUCAGCUCCAACAUCAGAGCCCACUGCAUGAGCUGCAGAGGCUGGAACAGGGUGAUCGUGGAGAAGCCGUUCGGCCGGGACCUGGAGAGCUCGCAGGAGCUGUCAGCCCACCUGUCCUCCCUGUUCACGGAGGACCAGAUCUACCGCAUAGACCACUACCUGGGCAAGGAGAUGGUCCAGAACCUCAUGGUGCUCAGGUUUGGAAAUCGCAUCUUCGGUCCCAUAUGGAACAGGAACAGCGUGGCCUGUGUGGUCCUCACCUUCAAGGAGCCAUUUGGCACUCAGGGCCGCGGAGGAUACUUUGAUGACUUCGGUAUCAUUCGUGAUGUCAUGCAGAACCAUCUCCUCCAGAUGCUCUGUUUGGUUGCCAUGGAGAAACCAGCCUCCACCAGCUCGGAUGAUGUGAGGGAUGAGAAGGUGAAGGUGUUGAAGUGUAUAGCUCCUGUUGCCAUGUCGGAUGUGGUGCUCGGUCAGUAUGUGGGCAACCCUGAUGGGGAGGGCGCCUCCAAGCUAGGCUACUUAGAUGACCCUACUGUACCCAAAGACUCCUGCACGCCAACCUUUGCCACCGCAGUGCUCUAUGUCCAGAAUGAGAGAUGGGAUGGAGUCCCCUUCAUCCUCCGCUGCGGUAAGGCUCUGAACGAGCGCAAGGCAGAGGUGCGUCUGCAGUUCACCGACGUGCCAGGCGACAUCUUUGGUGAGCGCUGCCAGAGAAACGAGCUGGUGGUGCGGGUGCAGCCCGAUGAGGCCAUCUACCUAAAGAUGAUGACCAAGAGACCGGGGGUUUACUUUAGCCCCGAGGAGACUGAGCUGGACCUCACCUACAAGAGCAGAUACAAGGAUGUGAAGCUCCCAGAUGCGUAUGAGAGACUGAUACUGGACGUCUUCUGUGGCAGUCAGAUGCACUUCGUCCGCAGUGAUGAGUUGCGUGAGGCCUGGAGGAUCCUCACUCCCCUCCUCCACCGUAUAGAGGAAGAGAAGACACGCCCCAUCCCCUACACAUAUGGAAGCCGCGGUCCAAGCGAAGCCGAUGAGCUCGUGAAGAGGGUUGGAUUCCGCUAUGAGGGAACAUACAAGUGGGUGACGCCCCACCCUUGAUGUGCACAUAAACACUGUAGUAGGCAUGUUUACAAUGAAUAAAGCUCACUGCAGCCACUGCCGUAACACUGUUUUGAUUUCCACUGCAUGU